AUGCCGUCGUUAUCCGAAAUCUGUAGUGUGGCCGGGGAAGUACCACCAGCUAAGACUCGGCCUCAUUUGGUGAGCUUCCUUAUUGGUGUCUCCGUCUAUGGUUCGCCAGCAACUUUUGUCGUCCACAGUCAUUGCGCAGUAGAAAGUUGGAAGCUUUAUUCAGCUCGAGUCUACCUGCGGCUUAGGCCGCCGAUGAACAAGAAAGAGGCAAGCAAUACUCCAAAGCAGGAAUACCUCACGGUCGAGCGCCCGGAGCCCCAAUUGUCUGAAGAUGGUGGGAACCAAAGCCACCCCUGGCCCACCCAUAUCACGUUGCAGCCACCGAGCGAUUCGAGAAAACGAGCUGUUGAGAAGUUCGGGUUCACAAAAGUGUUUGAAGAGAAUGCCUCGCAAUUGGAACUUUUUGAGGAAAUUGGGAUGCCCAAUUUAAUAAAAGGUGUUCUUUGUGAGGGUAGAGAUGGCCUGGUUGCUACUUUGGGUGUAACUGGGAGCGGAAAGACGCAUACUAUACUUGGGUCAAAGUCACAGCGCGGAAUAACUCAGAUGUCACUCGAUGUCCUCUUCCGUUCCCUUUCGUCAACCAUUCAAAAUUUGGAUAACCACGAAAACCCUCUACUAUUAUCGUCCAUCGCAAACUCCGACCCCUCAGAAGCCCAACUCUUUACUGCGAGAUCAUUUAUUGAAAUGGUUUAUAGUGACCCAUGGAACGAACGAGGUCGAGGUUCAAGGGCCCAGACUCCGAUGUCAGCUAUGUCGAGAUGUCAAACCCCGAUGACGGAUUCGAUGUCUGCUAUAAAUUUCCCUCGACGCCAUUUGCCUCAUCGGCCGAGUGCGCUCCCCCAAUUUCCCGAUGUGAGCGACUUUGCGAUUCCUAAUCCGCAUGAAGGCGUGACUGUGGUAUUAGUAUCGAUGUAUGAAGUAUAUAAUGAUCGAAUUUUUGAUCUCCUUACUCCCCCAAGUUCAGGAACGGGUUCAAGAGCGCCAUUGAACCAGAAAGAAAGACGGCGCCAUUUACUAUUUAAACCUACUGAAGGUUCACAGGACCGUAAGGUCGUAGCUGGUUUGAGAAAGAUUGUUUGUGGCACGUACGAAGACGCUCUGAUGGUUUUGCAGACGGGCUUGCUGGAACGAAAAGUGACUGGAACAGGAAGUAAUAGUGUUAGCUCACGAAGCCAUGGGUUCUUCUGUGUUGAGGUGAAACGGAGAGUCCGAGAUAGAAGGUUCGGGGACGAAUCAUGGGUUGGAAAUACACUGACUGUGGUUGAUCUUGCUGGUUCCGAGCGGGCGAGAAAUGCAAAGACAGCAGGAGCGACGCUUGCGGAAGCUGGGAAAAUCAACGAGAGUUUGAUGUAUUUAGGCCAAUGUCUCCAAACACAGAGUGAUUUCCAGGACGGGAACAAACAGGCGCUUGUACCCUACAGGCAAUGCAAACUCACUGAGCUAUUAUUCUCCAAUUCAUUCCCUUCACCGAACCAUGGAGCAUCGUAUCCGAGGCACCCGCAAAGAGCACUUAUGAUCGUGACAGCAGACGCCCAGGGUGACUUUAACGCGACAUCUCAGAUCUUACGCUAUUCCGCAUUAGCCCGCGAAGUCACUGUGCCUCGUAUACCCUCCGUUACAAGCACGAUUUUGGCCAGCACAGGGUGUGGAAGGAGAAGUCCAACUCACGCUAACGCUACCAAGUCGAAAUCAAGUCUUUACUGCGCUUCAGCGGAAGAACUGGAGACUGCAGCAUUGGAAAUUGCAAAGAUUAGUGAUGAUUACGAUGCCUUGGCCAUAAAAUUGACGGAAGAAGAAAUUGCGAGAGCGGAAGCUGAGUUCCAUUGGAGAGCAGCCGAGGAAAGGUGCAUGUCAAUUGAACAAGAUGUGCGGGAAGAGUGUUGGCAGGAGAUGGAACUGCGACUUGAGGAAGAGAAGCGACGAUGGCAAGCGGCUUGGGAUGAGCAGGAAUCACGUCAUGAUGAGCACCUGGAUAAAAAGUUGGACUUGCUGUCAAGGGGUGUAAGGAUCCACAACGACCCGCAAGCGUCUUCGGAAGACCAAAUAGCUGCAUUAGAGCAAGAAAAUGAUACUCUCCGAAAGAGGAUCGCCAACCUCGAGCGUGAACUACAUUCCCGCUCUCCCACCAAAAAGGCAACAAAAUCCAAGAAAAACAUCAUGGCGCAACUUGGGCAGGACUCGCCUGGCUGCGACUAUACCAGUUGUGAAAGUGACGUUGAGAACUCACUACUGAAGCUUCAACAUCUCAAACUAGAUUCAGAGAUUAAACGAUGCUCAGGAUCUAUGUCUACGCCCAAAAAAUCUCCCAAGGUGAGAAGACAGCGAAUGAUGACAGCAAGACAACGGGAUUUUGCUCCAGAGAGUGUCUUGGAAGAAAUAGAGUAA